AUGUCUCUCCUUCCUGGAGCGCGCAAGUUCGUCCCGCCUCCGGCGAGUAGCGCGCCGGCACAUUACGCCCCGGGCGCCGGCCGAGGGGCCACAGCGUUCACCACCAGAGCUGACUUCGGGUAUGCAGCCGCCACGGCAGCCGACCCGUUUGGCAAGCCGCCGCCAGGUUAUGUUCCCGGAAGAGGUCGCGGUGCCACCAGUUUCGCUGGCGGUGUCUCUCGUGACGAUGUGGCCGAUGCUUUGGACCGCUCCGUUGUGGGCGGCGAGGACACGGUGAACCUCGAGAACGAACAACUGUUCCAAGACGCUGAAUACGACGAUGAAGAUCGUGAAGCGGAUCUUAUAUACGAGUCGAUCGAUGCGCGCAUGGAUGAUCGGCGUCGGUCACGUCGUGAAUCGCAGAUCAAGGCUGAGGUCAACCGGCAGAGGUCAGAGAAGCCGACGAUCCACCAGCAACUGGCUCCUUUGAAGCGUGAGUUGGAAGCUUUGACGAUGGAGGACUGGGAGUCUAUUCCGUCGAUAGGCGACUAUUCGUUGAAGCGCAAACAGCAGAACAAAAGGCAGCCGCAGUUCACAGCUGCCCCCGAUUCGCUGUUGUACUCUGCGCGCGCCCACAUGCAGAGCGACACCAGCAUAGGCACAUCCACCCCGCUCGGUUUCGCAACUCCGCUGGGUAUUAUGGGUGGCAGUUCCACUCCCUUGGGUAACAGGUCCGCCUCGGUAAUGAGGACGCCAUCUGGGACAACCAGCUCGUUGAAUGACCUGGGUGAGGCCAGGGGAGCCGUUCUCUCUAUAACGCUUGACAAGGUCAUGGACAACCUCAGCGGCCAGACGGUGGUCGACCCGAAGGGUUACCUGACAGAUUUGAAUGCGAUGAACAUCAAGAGCGACAGCGACAUUGCCGAUAUCAAGAAGGCGCGUACGCUGCUAAAGUCGGUCAUAGCUACCAACCCCACCCACGCCCCCGGUUGGAUUGCUGCUGCACGCAUUGAGGAGCUUGCUGGGAAGCUGUCGAGCGCGCGCGAGAUCAUCGCCCAGGCGUGUGAGAAGUGCGGUGACCGCGAGGAUGUAUGGUUAGAGGCCGCACGCUUGGAGAAGCCCGAGUACGCCAAAGCAGUCCUGGCCAAAGCCGUGCGCAUGGUUCCAAAAUCUGUCAAGGUCUGGGUGGAAGCUGCAAACCGCGAAACGAAUACGAAUGACAAGCGUCGCAUUCUCAGAAAGGCCCUUGAGUUCGUGCCCAAUUCAGUGCGUCUUUGGAAGGAUGCAAUAUCGCUAGAGGAUGAAGCCAACGCCUAUAUAAUGCUGAAGCGUGCCGUGGAAUGCGUACCGGACUCGGUUGACCUUUGGCUGGCCCUGGCGAGGCUCUGUCCAUACCAGGAGGCCCAGAAGGUGCUGAACGAGGCGAGGAAGCAGCUGCCCACGAACCCAGACAUUUGGAUAACGGCUGCUAAACUGGAGGAGUCGAAUGGUAACAAGCCGAUGGUUGAGAAGAUUAUCGCACGUGGUCUGGAAAACCUUAGCAAGAAGGGCGUCAUUCACGUACGUUCUAACUGGCUAAAGAAUGCUGAAGUGUGCGAAAGCAAUUCGUUUGUGGCUACUGCACAGGCCAUUGUGAAGUGCACGAUGACUACGGGUCUCGAUCCCUCAAUGUACUUGGACACUUGGCUCCAGGAUGGUGAGCAGUUUGAGGAGAAGGGUCUAUACGGAUGCGCAAGAAUGGUCUAUCGCAGCGCACUGGACCAUGUGAAGACGAAAAAGUCGCUGUGGCUGGCGCUAGCGGAGUUGGAGACAAAGCAUGGCUCGCCAGCCGAAGUCGACGACGUACUUACACAGGCCACCAAAUACUGCCCCAACUCCGAGAUUUUGUGGCUCAUGUCAGCCAAACACAAGUGGCUACAAGGCGAUGUUGAAGCUGCGCGUGCAAUCCUCGCUGACGCGUAUUCCAAGAACCAGGAGUCGGAAGCCAUCUCCCUGGCUGCUGUUAAGCUCGAGAGGGAGCACGACGAAUUCGACCGGGCUCGUGAGCUGUUGGUCCGCGCACGCAAACAAUGCGGUACCCGCAAGAUAUGGAUGCAAAGUGUACAGCUUGAGCGCCAACUAGGCAAUUAUAGUGUGGCUAUCGACAUGUGCGAGGAGGCUCUGCGGUUGCAUCCCUACUUCGAUAAGUUGUGGAUGAUUGCCGGCCAAAUGCGCCUAGAGCUUCCGGAGCCCAAAGUAGUAGAGGCGGUGGGGAUCUUCAAGUGCGGCACCGAAAAUUGCCCCUGGAGCACCGCGUUAUGGUUGCUCGCACUAGAGUCACUAAUGCGGAACGACGAGCAGGCGAAGGCCAGGGCGAUGGUGGACGUGGCCAAAACGAAAAUCAGGUGCAUACUCGGACCUCAUCUCAAGCAGUCGGAGAAAGUGGUUACCGUUAACACCAAGCGAUUGUCCCAGAACGAACUUGUGCGCAUCGCCAAAGCGGCUUCGAACUAUCCGGAAGGCGAAGCGACGUCCCCUCAGGAGGAGCAGGAUCUGGUAGAUGGCCUUGUUCAGAUGAUCAUGAAGAACUGCGAUCUGCUGUGGCUACGCGCUAUCGAUAUUGAACUGGAGUGUGGUAACCCGGCCAAUGCGCAUUUCAUGAUCUCAGCUGCUUUGCAAGAGUUUCCUGACUCAGGUUGCCUGUGGGCACGAGCCAUAUUCCUUGAGGAGAGGAAUGCACAGAACUCUAAGGCAGUUGAUGCACUAAACCAGUGCCCCAACUCCCCAAUAGUGGUGAUGGCAGCCGCUCGGUUGUUCUGGCGAGACAAGAAGACGCUCAAGGCUCGCAAGUGGUUCCAACGUGCUCUUGCCCUAGACGAUUCCAAUGGCAUAGUCUGGGGAACAUUCCUCGCGUUCGAGCUUGAAGGGGGUGACUCGGAGGCAAUCAAGGACGUGAUCAACGGAUGCGUUAAGGCGGAGCCCAACGCAGGGUACGAGUGGUGCGCGGUUGUGAAGCGCGUUGCGAAUUGGCGUCUGCCAUGGCCACACAAACUUUAUCGUUUCGUCGAGGAGUACCAUCACGACAUCCUAUCAAACGCAUUGGAACAACUGCCGCCAGACAUCAAAUCGGUCCUGGUACCGGGAGCCGCGCCAGUUGAAAAUGACAAGUAA